AUGGUUAAUGUCACAUUUUUCACCCUGGCUGCCUACUCUGACACUGGAGCCUUCAAACAUUUAUAUUUCAUGAUCGUCAUGUGUCUCUACAUGUUGAUUCUUUGCUCCAACCUCCUGCUGAUUGUGGUUAUCUGUGUGAACAGAAGCUUACAUGAACCUAUGUACAUGUUUCUGUGCAGCCUGUUUGUAAAUGAACUGUAUGGUAGUACAGGGUUGUUUCCAUUGCUGCUGCUUCAGAUCCUCUCUGACAUUCACACUGUCUCUGCUUCAGCUUGUUUCCUGCAGAUUUUCUGUGUGUACUCUUAUGGAUGUGUGGAAUUUUUAAACUUGGCCGUCAUGUCUUAUGACAGAUAUCUGGCUAUCUGUCAUCCUCUGCAGUAUAACACACGUAUGACGGCUAACAAGGUCGUCGUGUUGAUCGCUGUCACCUGGUUGUUCCCUUUUCUGAUGAUAGCUGUUCUGAUAUCACUGAGCGCUCCUUUACAGCUGUGUGGGAACGUCAUUAAUAGAGUUUACUGUGGAAACUACGGCAUCGUUAAACUGGCGUGCUCUGACACCACACUUAAUAACAUCUACGGGCUUGUUUACACUGUCAUCUCCAUCAUUAUCCCUCUGCUGCUGAUCCUCUACACAUACGUGAAGAUCCUCAGAGUCUGUUUCUCUGGUUCUAAACAGACGAGACAGAAAGCUGUCAGCACCUGCACACCUCACCUCGCCUCUCUGCUCAACUUCUCCUUCGGUGUGUGUUUUCAGAUUUAUCAGAGCAGGUUCGAUAUGAGCAGUGUGCCGCACAUGUUAGACAUCUUACUGUCAUUAUACUUCCUAACAUGCCAGCCUCUCUUCACGCCGCUGCUGUACGGACUGAAAAUGUCCAAAAUACGCAUCAUAUGUAAACGUCUGCUGUGUGGUGAUGUGUAG